AUGCACUUACUUCUUGCUGAUGUUGCCUUGCAUAUCACACUGUUACAAGUUGACCAUAUCUGUCAUAACUCUGGUCUCAUACCCACUGCUAUAUCAUCUAUUUCUAUUUCUCCCAAGCUGUUGUUGUACACUGAGGCCAUUCUCAAGCAAACUGCUCUCACUCAGUCUCUGCUCACUGCGACCCAACAUGGUAAACCUUCCCAAUUAAGAAAGAGAAAAGAACGUCUUGACUACAAACCAGGACCUAAUAUACAAUCAAUGGACCACCAGUCCCACCCUGGGCCUUUUAAAUCUGCUCAAACUCCAUCCCAUCAAUCUUGCCCUUAA